CCAUGAUUGGCUGGGAGGGCAGUUGCUGGCGCGGCCGAGUCGGAGUGGAAGUGGGGGUGGGGUGUACUAGGAGAGUGCUGGGGGCUUGGGCCCCCGGGGCUUGGAGUGAAGACGGAACCUUCGGGGCGGCCUUCGGAGCGGGAGCGGGAGCGGGAGCGGGAGCUCUGGAGAGCUCGCGGGGCGCUAGCUCAGCCAGCUGCCGGGCCCCGCGGGUAGGGGCGAGCAUUUCUUCUCCACCUCCUCUGGUGAGCGAGUAGUAAGUAGUGGCUCCUCGGACCCAUUUGGCUCCCUCGGAGCAGGACUUCUUGGAGGACCCAGUUAAAUCGAUUUCCCAACUGCUGAUGGGAUACUUCGGAAAUGAUAGCUGAGCCCAGCCCAGCCCCAGACACCAGCCAAAAAGAAAAUGAUGGCCAAGAGGCAACUGCACCAGCAUCUGCUGUACAAAAUGGUGGCUGUGUGAAAAACCCUAGCAACUUGACACCAAAAGGGAGAAGGAAGGUCCGAGAGCAGUGUGAAAACGUCAGAAAGAAAAACAUUUCAAGAAGGAAGAGGGCAAGUCAGCCAGAGACCAAUGAUGAUGAAGUUGAAGAAGUGGUGGAAGCAGUCACUCUCUUUGAGGUGGUCAGCUUGGGCAAGAGAGCUAUGCAGUCAGUGGUAGAUGACUGGAUUGAAGCCUAUAAAGAAGACAGGGAUUUGGCACUUCUGGAUCUCAUCAAUUUCUUUAUUCAGUGUUCUGGCUGUCAAGGGAUGGUGACUGCUGAGAUGUACCAAAGUUUACAUACCUCUGACAUUUUGAAAAAAAUGAUUGAGAAGUUUGAUGAGGAAACAGGGUUGCAGUAUAAAAGAAUUAUGGCUCGCCCGUGGAUCUUAACAGUGACGUGGCCGAUGGAGUUGGAAGAUGAGGGUUACCCACUUGUUAAACCUGGACCGCACUGGAAAAAAUUUAAGGCUAAUUUCUGUGAAUUUACAGCGGUGUUGAUUCAACAGUGUCAGUACAGCAUUCUCUAUGAUGGUUAUCUGAUGAACACAAUCACUUCCCUUCUUUCAGGACUCACAGGCUCUGUAGUGAGAGCAUUCAGGCAUACCAGUACGUUAGCAGCAGUGAAGCUGGUGACAGCACUUGUGAGUGUAAUUCAGAAUCUUGAUGUCAGCAUCCAUAAUGCUCAGCAGCUUUAUGAAGUAGAGAAGAAUAGGACCCCUGAGGGCGAAACUGGUCCUAGAUUGGACGAGCUUGACAGAAAAAGGAAAGAGUGUCAGCAAAAACCUGUGGAAAUUGAAAAUAUGAUGAAUGCGCUUUUUAAGGGGACCUUUGUGCAGCGUUAUCGUGAUGUUAUUCCUGAAAUCAGAAUCGUUUGCAUUGAGGAGAUGGGAAGUUGGCUGAAAUUGUACCCAAAUAUGUUUUUAAAUGAUAGUUACUUGAAAUAUCUUGGUUGGAUGUUAUAUGAUAAGCAGGCAGAGGUGCGGCUAAAGUGCCUUCAGGGACUUCGAGGACUUUAUGAACACAAAGAGCUUAUUUUUAAGAUGGGCCUUUUUAAUACCAGAUUUAAGAGUCGAAUUGUUUCCAUGACUACAGACAAGGAACCUGAAGUAGCUGUUGAAGCCAUGAAACUUGUGAUGCUGAUGGUCCUCAUUAGGAAUGGUGUGUUCCUGCUUUUGGGUCAGCUGAUGGCAACACUUCAAAGGCAUUGUGAGAAUACAGUGUCAUCGGAGGAAUGUGAAGCUAUGUAUCAUUUUGUCUAUGCGACAUACAGACCCUUAGCUGUAGUAGCUGGGGAAUUGCUCUGCAAAAGACUUUUUUGUCUCCCACCAGGUGAAGAGGAGACUCCUCACUCCAAGAAGAAAAAUAAGUUUGUUUAUAGUGUUGGACGCCUGAAAAAGCUUAUUACUUUCUUCUUGAACCAUGGGUUUCAUAAACAUGUCACCUACUUGGUGGAUAGCUUGUGGGACUGGGAAGACGGUUUGCUGAGAGACUGGGAGUGUUUGACAAAUCUUUUAAGGGACAAGCCCAUGAGAAAGGAAGAAGCCUUUACAGAUGCCCAGGAAAAUGUUCUUGUGGAAAUAAUUGCAGCAGCAGUGCGCCAGACUGCAGAGGGUCAUCCUCCAGUAGGCCGAGGAGGCAGAAAAGUUCUCUCAGCAAAGGAGAAGAAAACUCAUAUGGAAGAAUGUAUCCGGAUGACUGAGCGUUUCAUUGUAGUGCUUCCUGAGCUCUUGGCUAAGUAUUCAUCAGAUAUAGAAAAAGUGACAAACUUCCUGCAAAUUCCACAGUAUUAUAAUUUGAAUGUGUAUGUUAUUGGACGCCUGGAGAAGUACUUGGAUGCGUUGCUAAAGGAGAUGAAAGAACUUGUGCACAGACACACUGAUCUUAAUAUCCUUGAGGCCUGCUCCAAGGUAUACAGCAUCCUCUGCAAUGACCAGCUGGCAAUCUACCCUAUUGUGUCUCAGGCCCUACACCAGCUGAUAGAUGAGAUGGUGAAGGACUUCUCCCAGCUACUAAAUGACUUUUUCCAAGAGGAAGAAGGCUUUGGUGUAAAUGAAGAACACAUUCUGCGAUUGUCCUGCAUCCUAAAAAAACUAACAGCUUUUCACAAUGCACAUGACCUCACCAGUUGGCACAUCGGUGACUGGACUUUGAAAAUCCUGAAUUUUGAGAAGGAAAAUGGGGGUUUGCCUGCUGAGACCCUAAUCCCUGCCCUUCAGUGCAGUUACUUUGCUCUCUUGUGGCAGCUGGAAUUAGCUACUGAGGCAUUAAUAGCUGAAACACCUCCCUCCCAGGAAUGGCUCUCUGGGUGUGGGAGGGAAGACAGACCUUGGGAGAUGAAGGAAGCUCUUUCGGAGUUGAAGGAACGGAUGACGUGUUUCCGCUUGAUAUGUGAAUCAUACCUCAACCACCAUAAUAAGGAUGUUAGUGAAAAGGCCUUUAUUCUACUAUGUGACUUGCUGAUUGUUUUAAGUCACCAAGGUGUGGACGAGGGGGAAGAUUUCACAGUGCUUAAGUUUCUUCCUGAUCAUGAUCUACAGUCAAGAAUGAUUGAAUUUGUCAAGGAUCAUGUUUUUGGGGAGAACAAUUUGCCUGAAGAGACGAAUAAAGAGGAAACUCAUAGUUUGGAUUCCAUAUACAGAAAGCGGAUUAUUCUGGCUGAAUAUUGUAAACUGAUUGCUUAUAAUGUGGUGGAAAUGAUGACAGCAGUUGAAAUCUAUAAGCACUAUAUGCAGACCUACCACGAGUUUGGUGAUAUUAUUAAAGAAACAAUCAACAGAACAAGACACAAUGAUAAGAUUGAGAGUGCCAGGACACUGAUUGUUUGUUUGCAGGAGUUAUAUCAGAACCACAUGGCAACCUAUUGCAACAACAACAGUCAUAAAAAGCACAUUGACUCCUCUGCUUCCUUUGCCAAUAUUAAAGAACUUGCUCGUCGAUUUUCUCUCACAUUUGGCUGGGAUCAGAUGAACUCCAGGGAAUCGAUAGCUAUGAUACACAAAGAAGGAAUUGAUUUUGCAUUUCAUGGAGAUAGUCAACAUAUAGACUAUUACCUCCCUCCCAAUCUAACCUUCUUGGCAAUCAUCAGUGAAUUCUCCAAUAAGCUACUCAAACCUGACAAGAAGCUGGUGUAUUACUACCUGCAGGAAUUUGUUACAGACCACAUGUUGUUGACUUGUAAAGGGGAAAAUUGGCAUCCAUUGUACUGUUAUCGCAGCUCUCUGAUAGGAACUGAUGAUGAUGCAGAAAGCACAAUAGCAAGUAGUUUUAGAGAAUGGCCUCCACCUGACAGAUCAAAAGUCUUUGCCUCGAAGAGAAAGUUUUCUGAUGGGAGCGUUAUGGAUAUUUCCCUUCCUGGGAGCUCACGACAACCAGUGGAUUCACAGUCAGAUUCACCGCUCUCCUAUUUCUCAUGGAAAAGUAAAACAGUAACAUCAGAAGAGAACACUUGGGGUAUGAGAAGCCCCGAAGUGCAAGACACAGCUAGGAUGGAAGACUCACCAGAAAGCCUGCCCGAAGAACAAACAGAGGACCUCAGUGAAGAUAUUGAUGUGCUUGAAACAGAUGAGGGAAACUUAUGAAAAAGCUGAAAAAGUGGUGAAGAUCAAAAACUCCUUUUGGGGAGGCAACAAAAACAUUUUGAUUUUUCAGAUUUUCAUGUGGACAAGUGGAAACAGCAACUUAAUGAAGUGGGACUGUCACUGGAUCCUGGACCAUUAUGCUCUUUGGGCUCCUGAAGUUUCAGGUCCAAAGAAAAGUAAAUUCCCUCAGAAUUUACUCCAGGGUAGUCUUUCUCCUACCUUGGCUUAUUUUAUGUACAGGCACACCAUGCCUAAAGUUUAUUUUUUCAGUGAAAACAUAGGUUGAAAUGACAUCUUGACAGAACAGUAGAACAGUGUUACUGUUUUUAUGGGUAUUUAUAACAAAUACAGAAGAUAUUGGUUAUAUUAAGAAUGUUAUUCAAAAAUCACAUUUAUCAAGCAGAGUCCCCUUUUUUAACAAUAAGUUAUCAGUUACUAUUAUUAAAUUUCAGUUCAAUAUGUGGAAUUCAGAAAUGACAACCAAAAGGAAAGAUUCUCUAUUCCCCUCUCCUCUUUUCAUUCUAAAUAAAUGAAUAAAUAAUAGAUCAAC